CGGCACCAUCGCCGCGGUCUCAAAGGGCCGUGCGCGAAAAGGCCGUGCUUGAGCGCGCGGCUCCGGUGGACAUGGCGGCGGUGCGGGGGCAGCAGCGCACGGGUGAGCUGUGCAGAGCUCCGAAGUCUGCAUCGGCCACAGACAGACACUCUGCAGCUUCCUACCUGGACUACCCAAAGCACAAGCCCUUCAUCAAUUCCGAUCUGCUGCGCUCCCCUCACAAACCUGUGGUUCCUUAUCCUGAGAGCAACAGCAGAGCAAUAUUUUCUGCUCUGAAGAAUCUUCAGGAAAAAAUUCGUCGGCUGGAGUUGGAACGGCUUCAGGCAGAGGAGAAUGUCAAACACCUCAGCAGAGAAACAGCAGACUACAAGAAAGUACUGAGUGAGCAAAUGCAGCACAGAGAGCGUGACAGAACUGAAGUGUCAAAGAAAAAUCAAGAACUGGCUUCUCAGCUGGCAGCUGCUGAGUCUCGGUACAGCCUGUUGGAGAAACAGCUGGACUACAUGAGAAAAAUGAUCCAGCAUGCAGAAAGGGAGAAGACACAGCUCUUGGAGAAACAGGAGUCAUUGGAGAGAGAACGGCUUGAUCAGUCACAUGUUCAGUUGAAACUGGAGAAGCUGGAUAUGUUGGAGAAAGAAUACACCAGGCUUACUGCAAUGCAGUCCAUAGCAGAGAAAAAAAUGAAAGAGCUGGAACUGAAACUUCAGGAGGAGGAACACGCAAGGAAGCUCGUUCAGGAAAAAGCAGCUGAGCUUCAGACAGGCCUGGAAACCAACAGACUGUUGAUUCAAGCAGCAUCACCACUGCUUUCUCCGAAAGCAAGAAAACCCAGGAAGAAAACUAAGCAGCCAGAGAAGAAAUGCUCUCUUACAAGCCAUCUCACUACGCAGCCCCAUUACAGACUGUGUCUGGGUGAUGUACCCUUUGUAGCUGGGAAGUCUACAAGUCCCAGUCAUUCAGUUGGUGCCAAUGUACAACACGUCCUACACCUCAUGAAGCAUCACACAAAAGCUUUGUGCAAUAAUCGUGUGGUGAAUGAUGCUCCACUAGCAAAAUCCAUCAGUGCUGGUCGUCCUGCCAGCAGAAGCAGAAAGCCACCGCUGCCAAAGGACUAUUCUUCAUCACAAGAAGAGCUCUCAGAAGUUCUGCUGACUUUACAGGAUGAGUUUGGGCAGAUGAGUUUUGAUCACCAGCAGCUGUCUAAGCUUGUCCAGGAAGCUCCAACCAUUGCAGUAAGGGAAGAUCUGGAAAGGGAACUGGAGGCACUAGUGGGAAAGAUGGAGGCAAAGGCAGAUCAGAUCAGCAAAGUCCGAAGGCAUUGGCUGCAGCUUGAGAGACUUAAAAGAGAAUGCAAGUCCAAAAAGGCUUCUGCUAAGCACAGAAAAGACAGCAAGUUUCCUGUGAGUGAGGUUAAAGUAACAACAACUGUAACCACCAAAGGAAAGGAUGCUGGUCCCAUCAAAGUGAAACCUGGAGAGAAGAGCCGUAAAAACCUUCAGUUGCUGAGAGACAUGCAGACUAUACAAACCUCACUACAGAAGGAUGAUAUCAGCUGGGACUACUGACUGUUGUGCGCAAGAUGUUUCUGAAGCCAUCCCAGUCACAUUCUGGAUAUAAAGCAGCUGCCAUUCUUGCCA